GCUCGCUCACUCCCCCCCCCCCAGUCGUCAUGGACUCGCUGCAGCAGCGGUCAGGAAGACUAAGACUGGACGGGCUGGUCCACGAGUGGCUCACACGAGAAGACGAAUAAAAGAACCGGGACCGGCCGAGCGAAAGAACCCCCGUGAAAGCUUCCUGGGUUGACCGACACCAUGAAGAGAUCUUUCCUGACUCACCAGUCCGUACUGAGAAGCGUCGUCUUCCUCGCUCUGCUGUCCUCGCCGCCAGUCAUCGGACAGUCGCUGGGAGGCCCCCUGGACUGCCAAAGGACGUGCGUGUGUGCCAGCAACAUCAUCAGCUGCUCCAAAGUCAAUCUCACCAACGUGCCGGUCCCGCUUCCAAAGUACACGUCGGUGCUGGACCUCAGCUUCAACUCCAUCAGCAGACUACGAGCCGAGUGGACGCCCAUCUCGCUGGGAGAACUUCACACCUUACUGCUCAGCCACAACGGACUCUCUUUCCUGUCCUCUGAGGCGUUCGUGUACGUGACGGCGGUGCGUUACCUGGACCUGUCUUCCAACGAGCUCCGCCAGCUGGACGAGUUCAUAUUCGAGCCCCUGGAGAAACUGGAGGUGCUGCUGCUUUAUAAGAACUGCAUCUCGCAGAUCGAUCGCUCCGCCUUCUCGGGUCUGGCCAGCCUACAGAAGCUCUACCUGAGCCAGAAUCAGAUCUCACGCUUCCCCUUGGAGCUGGUGAAGGAGCGGACGCGCGUGGAGACGCUCAUGCUGCUGGACGUCUCCUCCAACAAAAUCAAAACGCUGGCAUUCCACGAGCUUCAAGCUCUGCCCGCCUGGAUCAAAAACGGUCUGUACUUCCACAACAACCCCCUCCCGUGUAGCUGCGAUCUCUUCGACGUGGUGGCACGCUGGCACCUCAAAGAUCUCAGCUCGGUUGUGGACUUCAAGGCUGAGCACACGUGCGUCCUCGCCGUUACGCCCAAACGAAAAGUGGCCACCUUGGACUUGGACAAAGCCUACUUGAACUGCAGCGAGGUUAAGACCAUGGACCGAGAAGCCUAUCUGGAGCAGUUCCUGGUGCUGGACUGUGACACCAAGCAUCGGGACAUGGUGAAGACCUGGGCGCUGCCGGGGAACAUGGCGGUACCGGUUGCAAACAAGACCGCUUUAAUGCUUCCAGAUGGAAACCUAAAGCUUGGACCCCUCAAGGAAGACGACUCAGGCGUGUACACCUGCUAUGCCGUCGGGGACUCCGUCAACGAGACCCUGUAUGUCACCGUGGUGGUCUUCAAUACAACCAUGGAUGGCAGCUUGGAGAAUCUAAAGACGGCUUACACCACCCUCAUCGCGUGUCUUGUGAGCAUUGUGAUGGUUUUCAUCUACCUCUACCUCACUCCUUGUCGUUGCGCCUGCUGUCCGGGUCAGGAUCUGGAGAAGAACGACCCAACGGGCAGCCUUCACUCCUCCACUGUCAGCAUCGCCCAAGCCGACCAGGAGAUGGGACACCAAAGAGGGGAGGCGGGAGGCAGAGACUUCCCUUACGACACCAAGGACUUGCUGGAGCGGAACGGGAGGUUGAACCCCUUGGGUGACGAUGAGGAGUGGAAGCGGGGAGACGAGACCAGGAGGCCAUCUGUCAGCUCUGUGAGCUCAGACACGCCCAUGGUGGUCUAACAACCUGGGGGCAAAACUAUAGAAAGGUAACGACACAGCAGUAUAGAUUUACUACGCGGUGGAAACUGGUCUGGGGCUGCAUGAGUGCUGCUGGCACGAGGGAGCUGCGGUUUAUUGAGGGAAGAUAAAUUCCGUGAUCAGUUUAUGUCAUCAAGGAGUGGAAGAGGACUCUAGGAGUCCACUGGGCCGGCGCCAGUUGGCGCCAAAGAUUUGGAAUUUUGUUCACUCGGCAUGUUGCCGGAAAUUUGGCGCCACAGCAAGCCACUACGCGCAAUCUUUGGUGUGAACUGGGACCAACUGCCGCCGGCCCAGUGGACUCCUAGCAUCAUUGGUGCAACCUUA